CCAAAGAAGCCCAUUAUACCAAUUAUUGCAUCCGUAAUACCUUCUGUAGCAGUCCUGUUAGUAGUAAUCUGCAUUUAUGUGAAGCUUUGCAAACAUAAAAAGAAAACACAAAGUGAUAUGGAAGGUAUCCCAGUGAAGAUUUCUUCAUUUAGAAAAGACGGGAGUCUAAAAUCCAAAAAUCGUGCAUUUAGUCACUUGGAAGUUCUUGGCAUUACCAAUCACUUUGAAACCGUAAUUGGAGAAGGGGGAUUUGGAAAAGUGUACCUGGGAACACUAGAAGAUGAUACACAAGUUGCAGUCAAGUUACUCUCAAAGUCAUCACAACAAGGGUUUAAGGAAUUUCAUUCAGAGGCAGAACUUUUGAUGGUUGUUCAUCAUAGGAACUUGGUUUCUCUUGUUGGCUAUUGUGACGAUGGUGAUACGAAAGCAUUACUUUAUGAAUACAUGAUUGAAGGAAAUCUCCGACAAAAAUUAUCAGAUAAGAAUCCAUGUGCUUUGAAAUGGAAAGAGAGACUUCAAAUAGCAUUGGACGCGGCAUGUGGAUUGGACUAUCUACAUAAUGGUUGUAAGCCAGCAAUAAUCCAUAGAGACUUAAAAACUUCCAACAUCUUACUAAGUAUGCACAUGCAAGCCAAGAUUGCUGAUUUUGGAUUGUCCAGAGCUUUUGACAAUGACACUGAUACUCAUAUAUCAACUCGCCCAGCUGGCACAUAUGGCUAUUUAGACCCUGAGUUCCAUAGAUCUGGAAGUUUGAACAAGAAAAGCGAUGUUUACAGUUUUGGGAUAAUUCUGCUUGAGCUAAUGACUGGACAGCGAGCAAUAACUGAAACGUCUGACGGGGCACGACACAUAUCUGAUUGGGUAAAUCCAAAGCUUGAGACUGGGGAUAUCCAAGCCAUUGUGGAUCCAAGAUUAGAAGGAAAAUUCAGUCGUGCUUCAGCAUGGAAGUUUCUAGAGAUAGCCAUGUCUUGCAUUACACCCGCAGCAGUCCAAAGACCUGAUAUAAAACAUGUAGUAGCUGAUUUAAAGGAAUGUCUGGCCUUGGAAAUAUCCCUUCAAAAUGCAGAAAGUAACAGUGGAACUUCUGGAUCUCCUUUGAUUACCGCUUAUUUUCCACUUGAAUCAAACUCAGGUCCAUGUGCUCGGAAGAGCACACCACUGUGGGUUCUGGCUUUGAAUGCGUUUGUUUCACUCCUCAUCGCUGUUGCAGCCGCGGAUGCUGGAAAUUCAGAGGGGAUAAGCAUUGAUUGCGGAGUAACCCGACCUAGCUGUGACGAGAAUGGGUUUUGUUAUGAGGCAGACGAUGGAAGUGUCGUGGAAUCGGGUCAAAUAUAUAAUGUGUCUUCUGAACACACCCUUACCAGUGAAGAUGAGCAGCUUUGGCAAGAGAUGAACACUCUCAGAAGUUUUCCAGAAGGAAAAAGGAAUUGCUAUACCCUCAAAGCCAAACAUGGCAUAUACAACUACUAUCUAGUUAGAGCUUACUUCUUGUAUGGAAACUAUGACAGCAAAAAUUCUGUUCCACGCUUCGAGUCGCAUCUUGGCGUCAAUUCGUGGGAAACAUUAGGUGAGGAUCCAAACGUUGUGAGAACCGAGGUCAUUCAUGUUUCCCAAGCUAACAAUAUCGAUGUGUGUCUUAUCAAGACUGGCUUCGGAAUACCCUUCGUUUCUUUGCUGGAAAUCUGGCCUCUCCACAAUAAGGCUGUAUAUCGAACCACUUCCAAUUUGUUGCCGCUACGCCUCGUCACACGCUCUGCUCUGGGGAAGUCUACAACAAAUUCUGAUUUUAUCAGAUACCCAGAUGAUAUCUACGGCAGGUCAUGGUGGCUGGAUAGAAAGAUCCAGAAUUCAAAGCCAAUCAGCACAUCGGUUGCGAUUGAUGCUGAUAAUUCGGACUAUAGAUUACCUAAAGAAGUGUUGAGGACUGCAAUUCUAACACGGAACGAUUCGUCCUCCUUAGUCAUCGACCACUUGAACUGCAGUACAGAUCACGAGUAUUAUGUUUACCUUCAUUUCUUUGACUUCGAGGAGCGUUCUCUAGAUCAGGAAAGAGAGAUGGAAAUUACUUUCACCGAUACCAUCCCACCAGAGAACAUAACUCUCCAACAUAGGGUGCUCAAAACCGUGAUUAGGCCAAUUCCUAGAGGGGAAUAUCUUAAUACAAUUUCAAUCACAUCCACCCCAGAUUCUUUACCCCCCAUGCUUAAUGCUCUUGAGAUCUAUCAAAAUGAGCGUCGAUGCAUGUUAGGCGACUCUACAUGUGAAACUUCCGUUCUUGAUGACAUAUAUAUGAACAGGAACUUGAGCUCAAGCAACUUGACUGGAGAGAUAAAUACUUCAUUUUCUGAUCUCAUGUCGUUGGAGUCGCUGGAUUUGUCCAACAAUCACUUGAUGGGAGAAAUACCUGAAAUUUUUUCUAAACUACCCAAUUUGAAACUACUCAGUAAUUUGUCAGGGAACAAUCUAACCGGUUCAAUUCCAAAGGCUCUUAGAGAGAAGAACGGCACUCCUUUAAUACUGAGUUUGGAUGGAAAUCCAAGUCUAUGUCAAAUAGGUGCUUGCAAAACCAAAACACAGAAGGCCGUUAUACCAAUUAUUGCAUCUGUAGUAGCUUCAGUGGCAGUCCUCGUAAUGGUAAUCGGCAUUUAUGUGAAGCUUUGCAAACAUAAAAGAAAAAAACAAAGAGAUAUGGAAGGUAUCCCAGCGACUUCAUUUCAAAACGAUGGGAAUCUCAAAUCGAAAAACCGUGCAUUUAAUCACUUGGAAGUUCUUAGUAUUACCAAUUCCUUUGAGAACGUUAUCGGAGAAGGGGGGUUUGGAAAAGUGUACCUGGGCACACUACAAGAUGGUACAAAAGUUGCAGUCAAGUUACUCUCCAAGUCAUCACAACAAGGGUUCAAGGAAUUUCAGUCAGAGGCAGAACUUUUGAUGGUUGUUCAUCAUAGGAACUUGGUUUCUCUUGUUGGCUAUUGUAAUGAUGGUGAGACGAAAGCACUAGUUUAUGAAUACAUGAGUGAAGGAAAUCUCCGACAGAAAUUAUCAGAUACGAAUCCAUGUGCUUUGAAAUGGAAUGAGAGACUUCAGAUAGCACUGGAUGCAGCAUGUGGAUUGGACUAUCUACAUAAUGGUUGUAAGCCAGCCAUAAUUCAUAGAGACCUAAAACCUUCCAACAUCCUGCUAGGCAAAAACAUGCAAGCUAAGAUUGCUGACUUUGGAUUAUCCAGAGCUUUUUUUGAUGAUACUAAUGCUCAGUAUUCAACUUGUCCUGCUGGCACAAUAGGUUAUCUAGAUCCUGAAUUCCAUAGCUGCGGAAACCUGAACAAGAAAAGCGAUGUUUAUAGUUUUGGGAUAAUUUUACUUGAGCUUAUGAGUGGUCGGCCAGCAGUAAUAAGAGCACCUGGCAGCACAAGUCACAUAUCUGAUUGGGUGGCUCCAAAGCUGGAGAGUGGGGACAUCCAAUCCAUUACGGAUCCCAGAUUAGAGGGACAGUUCAAUACUGCUUCAGCAUGGAAAUUUUUAGAGAUAGCCAUGUCUUGCAUUCCACAAGUUGCAAUUAAAAGGCCUGAUAUAGGCCAUGUAGUAGCUGAUUUAAAGGACUGUCUAGCCUUGGAAAUGUCCCUUCAAAAUGCCGAAAGUAACAGUGGAACUUCUGGAUCUUCUUUGAGUACCACUUAUCUUGCACUUGAAUUAAACUCAGGGCCAUGUGCUAGGUAGGAUUAUUUGCAGAGCCUAGCAGUCUCUCCCAACCAAUCAUCCAAUCUAACCAGAGAGAUUUGUUCUCUUUAGUCAAGUAAUCAUGUGUCUUUGCUGUAUUUUCUAGUAAGCCUGUUUGUCGCCCAAGGUUAGGUUGGCUCAUGAGAUGAAGAAAUUUGUGAAUGACUUUGCACCAAAUUGUUACCACUUUAU